AUGGACGCCCGGCUGCUCUGCAGCACUCUGACUCUGCUGCUGUCCGUCACACGAGCCCUCAGCUCUGCAGAAGACGGCUGGUUUGUGACGGUUCAGCCAGAGGUACGAGGCAUCGAGGGCUACCCGGUGGUGCUGCCGUGCACCUUCGGCCAUCCGCAGCACUCCCAGCAUUCCUCCCUGCAGGUCAUGUGGCGUCUGGGCCACGGGCAGGGAGCCACCGUCCUGUACCGCUGCACCAGCCGGUCCGGAGCCCCCACCUGUGAGCCGGGGCCGAAGCAGGACCAGCGCUAUCGGCUGGAGGGAAACCCGAGGGAGCACGACCUGUCGCUGCGCAUCAGUAACACCAUCCUGCAGGAUAACGGACGCUACUACUGCCGAGUGGAGGUUCAAGGACGAGAACACAUCAGCUUCGAGGACAAGAUGGGGACCAGACUGAGAGUGGAAGCUCCUCCAAAGAUCCUGGGCCUGUCGGUGGAGGGCACCGAGCAGUCCGGCUACAGAGCGCUGUGUCGGGUCCAGGGCUCCCCGCUGCCGGACGUCCAGUGGCUCGGCCCGGACGACCUGCUGGAGGGCUCUCUGCUCAGGCCGCUGGCUCAGGGCUCCACCGGCCACUACCACACCGUCAGCCAGCUGAGAGACGUGGAGCCAGGCCAACAGUACACCUGCAGCACCUCCAACCCACUGGGUAAAGAGCAGGCCACCCUGUAUGUCCUGCCCCCCCAGCCCCCUCUCUCUCUGGCCGGGGCUUCACCUCCUCUCCUGCUCCUCCUGUCAGUGUCUCUGGGGGCAAAAGUCCUCCUGCUGGUGGGGAUGGGGGUGUGGAUGGUGCAGGGCGGAGCUCUGCAGGGGCUCAGCUGCUGGAGGAAAUGACUGAUGCCAGUCAUAUAAUCAUGAGAAAGUAUAUGUAAUCAUUGAGUUAGAACAGUGUGAUCAGCUGAUCAAACAGCCAGUAAAUUAUGUAUGAUUCCUGCUUCGAGCUGAUUGGGU